UAUCUGAGAAUUGUUUGCUCAGUGGAGAUAAUCACAAUGGUGAGGGUGGAUAUAAAUUAAAUAUAUUGUUUUGUACCUGAAAGCAAAUUAACAUGCGUCUGUCAAUACAGAUAUGGGAUCAAAGCUGAAUCGUGUGUUGUUUUGGUUACUUAUAGUGUAUCCCUCUUUGUCGGUGGAUAUGGGUUUUGAUUCUGAUCUCUUCGAGGACCGAUGGAUUUUUAGAGAUAUGAAACAUCAGGAAUAUUCAGAUGCUCCUUGUACUAAAGUCCGUCCUACAACAAGGGACAUUGUCCGGAGAUUUUACGCCAUAUUACCUUAUUUCGAUAAAGAACACUCAAACAGCGCUUUCUUGCAUAAGUUCCGAGGGACAGUAUAUGGAAUGUCGGAGGGAGAUGAAGCUCUGGACCGGGAGGCAGCAUUUUAUGCGGCGGUACUAACUCCGCUGGUGUUCCUACAACAGUACAGAGACAACUGGUGUUUGCUAGAGAGGUUUCAUCGAGCCAUACGUCUGUAUCAGAUUUCUCACCCAACCGAGAAGAGGUCAGCUUUGAAAUUGCUGCAAAAUCUCAGACCUGUUAAUCUUAAAAUAAGAACGUUUAUCUCCGACCUACCAGGUCCUACUGCAGUCACACGUACUACAUUAGCCGAUAUUGAAGAUGAGGAAUUCCGCGAUAAGAAAGAUAUUCGAUACCUGAAGGAAUUAAUUAAAAACCUUGGUUGA